AUGGUGAUGGUUGGGGAAGCAUUGAGUGUAUCAACCUCAAUGUCUUCAUCGCCAUGCGAAAGUGAAGCAGAAGAGCUUCAAAAGAUGUCAAUGGAACCACCGAGAGUCAAGGCCAAGAAGCGUCUCUCGAAGCAACUCUCCAUGUUGGAGACCAAAAGAGACAACGCAUGGGAGCGUCGCCGUCGCCAGAUGCUACAGAUCCACAUCGAGAGGAAGCAAAUAAACGAAGGAGGAGAUUGUGACUUAACGGACGGGGACUUGAGUGAGCUCAAAGGAUCUAUUGAGUUAGGGUUUGGGUUUAACGAGGAGCAAGGGCAACGACUUACAACCACAUUGCCUGCAUUGGACCUUUACUUCGCUGUGACUCGUCAGGUCUCGCCGCUUUCUUCACCAGGCAGCAGCGGAUCUUCAUCCUCCCGACUCUCAUCCCUUGGAGACCGAUCCUCUUCUUUUGGUAGUCCUAUGAGCGACUCUUCAGAUACUUUGAAAUUUAUGUCUCCAGGAGAUAGUCCCCAACAGGUUAAAACGAGGCUGAGGCAUUGGGCACAAGCUGUGGCAUGUUCUGUGAUACAAUCUUACAAUGAAUCAGACAAGUGCAAUGAAUCAGACAAGUGA